AUGGAUAAAAAUGGAGAAUCAAUCUUCACUUCAGAGUUUUGGAGAGAGAUAAAUGAAUAAUAUUUCAUUGUCUAAUCUCCAGUUUAAAUAAGAGAUAUCGAUAUUCUUAAAAGUAAAGGUAUUCUUGUUAUCUAUAUGAGUAGCUGGAAAUAGAAGAUCAUAAAAAUGUCUAAAUCCUUUAAAUAAGUUAAUUAGAUAGAACAAUCGAACAAAGCUAUUCUAAACAAACUUAAAUAAUUUAAAAACAAGAAUUUAGUUGAUCUUUCUGAAAAGACAAUAAAAAUAGGAACCUAUUUAAAAUUUAAUGGAUGAAAUGAUAGAUUAAGUUUGUUUUAAUUAUCUUUCAACUGGAUUAUAGAAUGCUUAAGAAUUAAUAAAGAAUAUAUCUCUUUGUUCAGAUGCAUAAUAAUUGUAGAUUUAUAAUAAAGAAGCAGAUUUAUUAUCUAAUUUAAUGCAUCAAAUUGAUUGGUCAGAUGAAUUAAGUAUUUCAAUAGAAGAACAUCAAUAAUAACUUAAUGAAAUAAGUAAUUACAACAAGAAUGCAUUAUAAAUGUAUUCAUUAUUCAUUUAAUAAUUAGUUUGGAAUAACACAUUCAUUAGAUAAACUUAACCGUAUAAUAUACAUACAAUAGCUAUUAAAUUGGGGAACAUAAAUUAAAAUUGAUUAGAUAGAGAAUUACAAAUCAUGAAAAUGAAUUGAAUAUGCUAAAAUAACUAAUCAUAUCAUAAUAGGAUUAUUAAGUAGCUGAUAGUAUUGGAAAAGCAACCUUCAAUAAUUAUAGUAAUUAUAAUAAUACUACUCUUAAGAUAAUACCAUUACUGUUAUAUUUGAUAAGUAUUUGAGUCAAACUCCAGUUACUUUGAGUUUAGAGGAAUUUGAUAAUCUUUAGAGAUUACGAGAAGAACCAUAUGAUUUAACAAAUUAACAAAGCAAUUUAAGGUCUGAUGUAAUUCUAUAGGUAUGAUUGUAGGAUGUGUUUGACAUGUAGAUGUGCCAUCAUUGUAAACAGAUGGUUGAAAUAAAAAGUCUAAAGUAAUGCCAAUAUAAUCAUUAUUCUAUGGGUUUACAUGAAUACAAUGAGGAUUUAUUGAUAUGCUAAAGAUAUUAAAUAAAUGGGAAAUAAAUAUAAUAAUAUCUUCUUGAUUUAUAUUCUGAGAAUUACAUAAUAGAAAGUAUGAAGUAUAAAGAUAAUAUUAUAGAUUAAUAAAUCAUGUGUUAGAGAUACUUUUGUUUAAAUUGUUUAAAGUUUGAUUUUGAUUCUUAUGAGACAAUUUCUUAUUUAUGGAUUUGUCCUUUGUGCAAAGUAUAAAUUAAUUAAAUUAAUUUAGGGAUUGUGUACUUGUUAAAGAUGUUAAAGAAAUGAUAUAAUUUAUAAAAUGAAGAGACAAUUCUUAGAACUUAACGGUGAUUUAGAGGAUAUUUACAAAUCAUCUUAUUUUGAGAGUUUAAUCAAUGAGAAAAGGAGAUAAAUAAUAGAUAUACCUUUAGAAUUUAUGAAUAUUCAAAAAAUUGAAUAUGAAAAAAACAUUUAGUAAAAGAGUAAUAAAAAAUAAAAUUAAGUUAAUUAAAUAAGGAAGAAGAUUAAUAAAGUUGAUUCAAAUAUAAUUAAGAAAUGUCAAAAAUUAUAUCAAUUAGAAAGUUCAUCAUCUUCAAUUAAAAUAAAAAGAUCGAAAGAAAUAACAACAUAAAAUACAAUUUCUAGUUUGGAUUCAAUUAAUUCACAAAUGUAUAUAUAAUGA